GUAGGCAUCAGCGGGAGCACACACUGUGUGUGUUUGAUUGGAAUGAAUCAGGUCUGAGGUUUGACCCAGCCCACACCGCUUCCUGUUUAGUUACUUUGUUUAUAGAGAAGAUUAUUACUCCCCUUCAUUUUACUGAUGUGAUGAAUUCAGCAGAAGGGAACAAAGAAAAUUAUUGUCCCACUGAAAAGGAAGACCUUCUUUGAAUCAUAGCAUAACUAAUAACAACCUUAUUGUAAAUCGUGGGCACUCACUCAAAUCUUGGGGUCAUUGAACCUUUAUUUCAGAUUUUUCUUCUUAGUCUUUUUUUCAGAAUUCUCCCUCCAUCUUCCUUCUAAAGUUUUGUUUCAUCAGACCAGAAGCCAAAUCCCCAAACUCAUCCACAUGGUUGAAAUGUUUACGGCCAAACCUCAACUCAUCUUGUACUUGCUGUUUUGUGAACAAUGUUGUUUUCUUGGUUGAUGACGUCCACUAGAGAACGACUUCACAUCAGUCCUCCUUAAAGUAACUCCAGACGAUGCCAGCGAAGCAACAACCACCAGACAGGGAUCCAGGGAGUAUUGUUAAGGUCUCAGACUUCACUUUUUGUCUAAUCACCCAAUCACUUCCAAAGUUCCAGACUGAGUAACCAAAGAUCUCUGCUUCCUGCCUAUGUGAAUGUAGCAGAGAACCAACACAGAACAAAGAGAAUCUGCAACCAUAAAGCAAGGAAGGGUGUAAACAGUGGUUAAAAAUAGAAUCAAAUGGAUCUGUAUAAUUCAAGUCUUGAGUAUUGUUCAGUUUUGGUUAUUUAAGAUGAUUGAUGAGUGCAUUACUUUCUCCCUUUUGUAAAAUUAGUUUUUGGAUACGUCUAUCCGCUGGAUGCACUGGCCAGACUACAUCUCCCAGCGGGCAUAGGGGCACUUAAGGCUCAGGAGGUGGUCUUGGGAAUUAGAGGAAAGUUCACAGCACCUCUUUCCUUAUUACGCAGUUAUAAACACAGUUCAACCGACAACAACAUGUUGUGUUUUGAUUCCGAAUUCCCUGUAUUUGCUUUAUUUAUGAUCGUGGACGUGUCUGAUGAGAUGAGGGCAGUUUUACUUUGAAAAUGUCCACCGGACGUCUUUUUCGAACAUUGUCAUUAGCUUGACAUUUGAUUCCUCAGUUAAAAAUACCUAGAGGGAAACCGAUGAGAAGUAGUUGGGUUUAUUCGUCCUAGUAAUUCCGCAGUAAACAUUUGGCUGGAGACUGCGUUGGUUUUAUUUUGACAAUUCGUACAGGAAUACCUGCAUUACGGCAAAAAACAACUUUACGCAGCUUACUUUUAAAGUUGAGUAUGGGUACGUGUUAGUUACCAGAGUUUGUUCUCAGAGAACACUUAGGAGUGGUAGGACUGAGAGGCAGCGCAGUAUCAGGUCGGACACAAAGCAUGGCUCCUCGCAGGCAGGAGUACGGAGCCGCUCGGUCCGUGGGAGCGCGGAACAGCUCGGUUCUGGGCUUUAGGACCGUGAGCUCGGGCUCAGUCCGCCGUGGCUCCGCCGUGCUCCCCUCGGUGCUAACGUUCCUGGUGAUCGUAGCAUCCGGUGGCCUGCUGCUCAUGAUAGAGAAAGGAAUGCUGAACAGCAUGCAGACACCUUCACCGCGGGGGAACGGCCAGAGGCUGCGCUUCAGCGGCCAGGUCGGGAAGCACGACGCGGCUGCGGUGGACGUGGAGUCCCAGAUCCUCCAGGAGAUUCGUAACCGAACCAUCAGGAGCAUGUGCCGCCAAAAGAACAUGCCCCACAGCAUUUGGUCCCUGAGCCCGUUGCAGAGGAAGACGCUGCUGCAGCACAUCCUGGUGAAUGACGAGUACCGCUUCCUCUACUGCUACGUCCCCAAAGUGGCCUGCUCCAACUGGAAGAGGGUUCUGAAGGUCUUGAGUGGAGCGCUGGAAAGCGUUGGCGUCAAUAUAAAGAUGGACCAUCGCAGCGACCUGUUGUUUUUGUCUUCCCUGAAACCCGAUGAGAUCCGCUACCGUCUCAGGCACUACUUUAAAUUCAUGUUUGUGCGAGAGCCGAUGGAGCGCCUGCUGUCCGCUUACAGGAACAAGUUUGGAGAGAUCGAGUCCUACCAGAAAAAGUAUGGCGUGGAGAUCGUGAAGAGGUACAGAAAGGGCCGUGCUAAGGACACAUCCAUCACCGGAGACGACGUGACCUUCGCAGAGUUUGUCCGCUACCUGCUGGAUGAGGAUGUGGAGCGAAUGAAUGAGCACUGGAUGCCGAUGUACAACUUAUGCCAACCUUGUGCCGUCUCUUACGACUUCAUUGGCUCCUAUGAGCACCUGGAGAGGGAUGCAGAGUUUGUUCUGCAGCGUGUUGGAGCUCCUUCUGACGUUCAUUUCCCAGAAAGGCAAACGUGGUACAAGCCUGUUACCACGGAGACAUUGCACUAUUAUCUGUGCAGUUUACCUCAAAAACUACUGAGGGAACUUCUGCCCAAGUACAUUUUAGACUUUUCCCUCUUUUUGUAUCCUCUGCCCAACACAACCACUGAACACUGCCGGCACUAAAGCUACAACAAUGUAUAGGUUGGACAGUUUUUAUAGAGAAUCUUUGUAUUUUUAUGUCUAGGGAACAAACUGUAUUCGACUAUCACACACUUUCUGUUUACACAAUAUUAAUUACAUAAAGACUUUAAAACCACUAAAGCUUGAAAUCAACAUCAUAUAAAAAGGAAAAUCUAUGUUACAUGCUCUGUUUCAAUUGCACCAAUCCAUUAUAUGCCUUAGAGGAACCUUAGAGGAAGAGAAUUGUUUGUAUCCUCAUAUGUACAUGCUGGAGAAGCGAAGUGGUUAAAGGCUUGGGCGGGCAUUCAGUGGUUUAGCAGGCUAAAGCACAAGCUACUCGCAGGGUUUUAAAAGUUUUAAAAAUUUGUCAAAGUUUUGCACAGCCGUCCAAUCUUUACUCACUUUUGGCUGUUAACUAUUAAAUAAAACAGAAGCUCAGGUUCUGUGAUACAUGA